UUUGUUUUAGUGUUCCAAUUACAAUACCAUCUAUCAAUGAAAAUGAUCUUCCUGUAAUUAUCACAAGUGAUCUCGCUCGAAUUGAUACUUUUUGUUGCGUGGGAUAAUUAUUUAAUUGCUUAUAUAUUGCGUUGUAUGCCUAAUCUUAAGUAUUUCUUUUUUUAUAUUUAGACCAUACACAUCAAAACACUUCUUUCCUAUUGAAUUGCUCGGCGGUUAUUUAUGGCAAGAAAUAUUAGAACUUCAUGUUCUCUAUUUAUCGGAAUCUGAAUUUCAUAUAUCAAUUUAUAAAUAUUUUCCACCAAUCGAUUUGGAUAUUGUUAUUGAUUCAUUCAAAUAUCUUGUUAGAAGAUAUUCUAAUUGGCAUAUGAUUAUUGAUCAAUGGAAACUUCAGUCCUCAACUGCUGAUAAAUAAACUUAUUGAAAAGGUUAAAAAAGAUAAUAAAGUUUUAAAUAUGAAGACUUACAACAGAACAAAAUUUUUCUGGAUAACUAAGUUUUAAGUAAAAGAAGAGAGUAAGAAAUAUUUUAGACAAAUAAUCUUUUGUAGUGUUCGAAAUUUAAAUUUUUCAUUUUUUUUAGCCGAAUUUGUUAUGCUACACACAUUGAAUUAUCAUAAACACAAAUCGUACAUACAUACAUAUAUACCUUUAAUUCCUAGUGGAUACUUUGACACACGAUCAACAACGGAAAAAAUAGAUGAUCAUUAUCUUUUUUAUGUAAAUGAAACGGAUUUAAGAAUAUACAUAACAUCUGAAAGAUUAACUAUUACUUGCUCUUCUCCUUUAUUUCAACAAAUCAAAUAUCUCAGAUUAGAAUUGCCAAUAGUUUGUUCAUCAUUGUGCAAUAGUCUUUUGGCUAUUGGUAAGAAGAAUAUAUGUUUAUUUUUUUAAAUUUAUUCAGUCAGAAUAAUUUGCUUUUUAUACAAAUCACUGAGUUUGUUCGUAUUAUUUUUAAUAUAAUUCUUUUACUUAAUUUUCAUCAAAUAAGUGAUGAUGAUGCACAAGAAGAUAUUAUUUAUCUUUCAAAUUUUGUUCAUUUACCUACGAUAGUUCAAAUAGAAUUUGGGUCAUCGUUUAAUACAUAUCGAUGGAAACAUGCUCAAUUGAUUCUGCAAGCAUGUCCAAAUGUGAUCGAUCUUACAAUGUUCACUGUAUUACUCAUUUCUCCGAAAUUUAUUGAUAAUCCAUCUCUUAUUUCAGUUUUCAAACAAAUUAAACUGAUCGAAAUAAUAUUAGAAGACGUUUACUUUCCUUCAAGCUUUGCACCCAAACCUGUUGCACGUUUUCCAUCACUUAUACAUAUUGAACUUCAAGAUGCGACAUCUUUACAACAGUCUACAACAACUGCAAAAAUAAUUAAUUUAAUUGCUAAUGAUCCAGGAAGCAUUCUUCGUGCUAGUCGUUUACGUGGAAUUAAUUUGGGUUUAUAUUUUUCAUCAUUACCACUUAUUUCUUUAGAAAUACUUGGUGGUUAUUAG